GCUGGGCCGCCAGCAACUCUGGUGCUCACUGCACAGAAUACUCCCUAGGGGAAGUCCUGAAAGCCACCAGAAACUGGUCCUCUUAUAACCGGCUUGGCUCGGGUGCCUUUGGUGACGUGUACAAGGGCGUGUGUCCACACGAUGGCACCACCCUGUGGGCCGUCAAGCGAGCCAAACUGAUCGACGUGGAUUUCCAGAGAGAGGUCCAGCAAAUGGCCGACAAGAACCAUCCCAACAUCGUGCGGCUGCUCGGGUUUGCUGUUGGAGGGGACAUGAGGACACGGCCAGAGCAGAUCUUGAUCUACGAGUUUGUUUCCAACGGCGACCUUGACCAAUCUAUCAAGAACGAGGCGUCCUUCUCUCUCUCCUUCCAGCAGCGGCUGGACAUCCUCAUUGGUGCGGCACGUGGCUUUGAGUACCUCCACAGCUUUGGCCUUGUGCAUCGCGACAUCAAACCCGCCAACAUCUUGCUCGGGGAAAACAUGCAGGCCAAGAUUGCUGACUUUGGGCUGUUGAGGGUGGGCGAGGGCACCACUGUGGGCACGACUCGGGUGAUGGGAACACCGGGCUAUGUGGAUCCCAUCUACUCACGCACGUCCAAGGCCACCACUGCCACCGAUGUGUACAGCUUCGGUGUGCUCAUGCUUGUGGUGCUCACCGGCCGUAGCCCCCGCUCUGCCGAUGUUGAAAAGAACAGCCACAUUCUUAAAUGGGUGGAGGAGUGUGUUUCCUCCAAAAAGUCGGCCCUCCUCAAGGACGUGAGAAUGGACGCCCCAGAUGAUGCUGUGCUGCGCCUGGCCCAGCUGGCUCUGCGCUGCACUGUGCAGCGCACUGCAAGCCGGCCCAGCAUGGCAGACAUUGCCAACGAGCUGCAGGGAAUCAGGCACGAGGUGGUGGGGAAGGAGGAGCUGAGUGCAGCGGUCAAGGUGGACGAGCUGGCAGAGGAGAGGCGGAUUGGGAUGUCGUUAAGGAAAAGCUUGGGCGCAGAGCUGGAAGCAAUCAAGAGCAUGGGUGAAGAGCCCAACAGGGAGCAGUGA